UUCUAAAAUGAGUUUCACAAGUUAAGUUAAUAAGUUUAUUCGCGCAACACAACACAUUUUCGCAAGUGAGUCACAAUAACAAUUGGCAAUCUAUGGUAAUGGAUAAAACAUACUCGAAUGUGCAACUGAGCAAGCAACUCUCAUGGCUGCUGCGUCAUGGUGCACAAAAGGAAGGAUUAACAAUACAGCCCGAUGGAUUUGUGAGCAUCAAUGAGAUUUUAAAACAUUCGCGCUUCGGUUCGCAAUACACCAGAGAAAAACUGCGGCAGAUUGUCUCAACUGAUGCUAAGCAGCGUUACACGCUGCGUUCGAAUCCAUUAACGGGUGCUGAGGAAAUUCGCGCCAAUCAGGGUCAUUCGCUGAAAGCGGUGCAGUCGGAGGUUUGCAUGGAACGCAUUGGGAGCAUCUCCGAGCUGCCUUCGGCUGUGGUGCAUGGCACCUACUAUAGCAACUGGGAGCGCAUCAAAAUCGAAGGCCUCAAACGUAUGCAACGGAAUCAUGUCCAUUUCGCAUUGUUCAACGGCGAUGGCGAUAAUCGUGCAGUUUUAAGCGGUUUUCGUAGCGAUUGCCAAGUGCUGAUUUAUUUGAAUGUUGCCAAAGUGCUGGGCGAUCAGCUGCCAAUGUUUCGAUCCAGCAACAAUGUUAUUUUAUGCGCUGGCAUCGAUGGCUGCAUCGAUAAACGAUACUUUGAGCGCGCGAUUGAGAGAAGAUCGAAGAGGCCGUUGUCUUUUUAAAUUCAAAAAACAGUGUGAUCAUUGUUUGUGUGAAUCGAAUGUUUUUAGUUUUUACUGCGUCCCGUAAAUAAAUUGUUCCAAUUUGUUUGUUUUCAA